GCGUCUGUUCACGUGUUGUAGCCGAAAUAAACAAAACAAUAAAGUAUAUUAGAAAAUGAAACCAUUUGAAGUGCCGCCAUGGGAAAAGGGAUCCGAAAUCAUAGAGUUCCCCACAGUUGGAGGAUCAAGGACAAAUGGAGUCACCGCGCCGGUUAAAAAAAAGAAACCAAAAAAGAAGAAAAAACCAAAGCAGCAGAAGGAGCACCAGGAUGGAAGCAAAUUCAGUUAUCGAGCAGGACAUGGUCCCCUGGCACCACCCAAAGAUUCUUCCUCAGACGACGAUUCUGAGGAUGAUACCGAAAGUGGAAUCAAGGCCAUGCACAAGAUUCGCCAGGGUCGCAUAGAGAAGUCGCGACCCUCCGCCCAAGUGACCAAGGGCUCCAAGAAGCAACUAAAUCUUAGUCCAGCUUUGACACAAGCAGCUGUUGAGGCAAUGGACACCACUUCUACACCCACAUCGACAGCUCCUUCACCAGCUAAUGGAAGCUUGGCUGGCAAAUUUCAAUCAGAACUAUUGGGUGGACGCUUUCGUUAUAUCAAUGAGCAACUCUAUAGUAUGACAAGUCGCAAAGCUGAAUCCUUGUUCAGUUCAGAUGCAUCUGCCUUUGAGGCCUAUCAUGCCGGCUAUCGGCAGCAGGUGGAAAAGUGGCCCACAAAUCCUCUAACACGGAUCAUCAAGACAGUAAAGAGACUGCCCAAGACAGCAAUUAUUGGUGACUUUGGUUGCGGUGAGGGUAAAUUGGCUCAAUCGGUGCCCAAUAAAGUUUACUCCAUGGAUUUAGUGUCCAAUCGUGAUGAUAUCAUAGCAUGCAAUAUAACCGAAACUCCUCUGAAAGAUCAAUCGCUCGAUGUGGCCGUCUAUUGCCUCUCGCUGAUGGGUACCAACCUAAAUGACUUUCUACUCGAAGCCAAUCGCCUGCUCAAAUUGCAUGGCAAUCUCUAUAUAGCUGAAAUACAAUCAAGAUUCGAGGAUGUACGUGAAUUUGUUCGUUGUCUAAGUGCCUGCGGCUUUGAUCUCAUCAAAAAGGAUGUGGCUGUUAAUUACUUUUAUUUCUUUCAUUUUCGUAAAAUGCGCCAUGUACCCAAAACUGUAAAAUUGACACCAUUUUCGCUGAAACCUUGUUUAUAUAGAAAACGUUGAAAGAAUAAAAAUUGACAUAAAACUUGAA